ACUUCCGCUUGGUCCGUCCUGUUUACAUCCACCUUGAUUUCCGUCUCGGCCUUAAGGGGCGUGUUCAAAGAUUUAAAUCCCUCUGACAUGCGCAGUAGCCUUAGCCGUGCUGCUGGGUGCGCCAUAUUGGCUGGCUUACAUGGGGAGUGGAGUUGGCCAAGCCGCUUGAAAAACCAAACCAGUUUCCUGACAUGAAGCACUUCGAGGAUAACGAGUAAAUCGACGCGGUAGGAUUUAUCGGUUACCUUCACUGCAAAGUAUCUAAUUUGCCAAAUUUGCUUGCAUUCCCUCCCCCCUCCGUGAAGAAGGUCCUCUGCGAACUCGGAGUCCAAUGGAUCCCAGGACCGCUUGGAUCCAGCCGGAGCAGAAGGGACCUGCCAAUUCCCUGUGGAUGCACAUUUGGGAAACCUCUCAGGGAUUUGGAGCGAACUCCGGCGUCGACAACCACCUUCACCACCGACGCAACUUUGUGGUGCAAAACGCAAACUCCACGGACUCACGCGGCGAGUAUUGCAGAAAUGUAGCACCGCCGCCGGGGGUUGUGUUUAGGAAACUGCCGAAGCGAGACGGCGGCAGCGGCGGGGUAGAGAGGGGAAGUGGCCGGAGGAAAGGCUCGCUGUCGCCGUCCUCCUCCUCGCUGGACUCGGAGGCCGAGAGCUCGUCGCCGUCCGGCUCCUCUCUGCAGAUCGACAAUCUGAACGUCGCAGAGGAGGCCAAGCAGUUUUUACACUACGGCGAGUUGAACGAGAACAAUCUCCGACACCCCCCCGCGCUGCUUCACACUGUUCAGCAACACUGUCGCAGCAUGCAACAAUCUGGCGGCCACACCCCCACCGAGAUGAAGAGCCAGCACGGGAACAACCACCACCACCACCACCACCACCAUCAGUCACUUUCAUCCGGCCACAGGAAGCAGCUGAGCAGAGCCAACACUUUCCACGGCUUCAACCCGCUGCUGCUGUCCUACGGCUGCAACGGCCAGUAUGUGGACUCCUCCUGCAGCUUGUGGAAAACCAGGCGGUACAGCCCGGGCAUCAACGGUCUUCACGAAGAGAUCAUGGACUUUUUCACCUUCAUGUCACCAAGACCCGAAGAGGAGGCCAUGAGGAGGGACGUGGUGAACAGAAUAGAAAACGUUAUCAAGGACUUGUGGCCCACAGCAAGGGUGGAGAUAUUUGGCAGCUUCAGCACAGGACUUUAUCUUCCAACAAGUGACAUCGACCUGGUGGUGUUUGGAAAGUGGGAUCAUCCACCACUGCAUCAACUGGAGCAGGCCCUGAAAAAACACAACAUAGCUGGCUCUUGUCCCAUCAAAGUCCUCGACAAAGCUACAGUGCCAAUCAUCAAGCUGACUGACCACGAAACACAAGUGAAAGUAGACAUCAGCUUUAAUGUGGAGACCGCAGUCAAAGCCGCACAGCUCAUCAAAAGCUACCUUAAGAAGUACACCGUUCUGCCGCCCCUGAUCUUUGUCCUGAAGCAGUUCCUGUUGCAGAGGGAUUUGAAUGAAGUCUUCACUGGAGGCAUCAGCUCAUACAGCCUCAUCCUCAUGGCCAUCAGCUUCCUGCAGUUACACCCUCGGAUCGACACGCAGCGCUCCAACAUUAACCUGGGCAUCCUGCUGAUCGAGUUCUUUGAGCUUUACGGCCGCGAUUUCAACUACAUGAAGAUGGGCAUCCGGGUGAAGAACGGAGGAGCCUACCUGUCCAAGGAGGAAAUGCUCAGUGCCAUGGAGAAUGGGAACAGACCAUCAAUGCUGUGCAUAGAGGAUCCAAUACAGCCAGGGAAUGAUGUGGGCAGGAGUUCAUAUGGAGUCCUGCAGGUCAAGCAGGUGUUUGACUUCGCCUACAUGGUGCUGAGUCAUGGCGUGUCUCCUCUUGCACGAGCAUAUCCCAACAAAGACUACGACAGUACUUUAGGACGAAUCAUCAAAGUCAGCCCAGAGGUCCUGGCCUACAGGGACUGGACGAUAAAGACGUGGGGAGCCAAACAGUAUGCCAAGCUGGAAAACCAUGAUGUAGAGGCCUGCGAACAGGACUUUUCCAGGAUGAUGCUGGUCGAGGAUCAAAGAGACACUUCCUCCCCCCUCAGUGCUGACUCCCCCUCACCGUCUCCAGUCUUCCUCCCCAGCCCUCAACACCAUUCUUCAUCUUCCUCUGCCUGCUCACUCUCCUCCUCCUCUGGAAGUGACAUAGAGUCAGAUUCUCCUCAAAGCAGCCAUGCUACUGUCCAGCUCCACCCCCUCACCCUGGCCUCGGUCCAUUCAGUGAUCCAGAUGGCUGCUGACUUGAGGGCUGCACAUCCAGCAAGCUUCAUCCACACAGCAUGUCAGGUCCAGAUGCCCCUCCCAGAAAGCGUAACCAUGGCCUCCCUCUCUGAUUGCCAGUUCUACCGUGAGAACCCUCCUUCCAUCAGUCUUCUGCACCAUCACACUUCACAAGCUGCACAAGUCUCCCAGCACACUAACUCCACCAGCCCCCUCCACCAGCUCCACCACCCUCAGGUUGGAGGGCAGCAGAGCCACAGUUACACCAUAAGAUCCAAUUCCCAUGGCUCACUUGAGCCGCACAAAUUUGGCUUCAAGCACAACCAAGGUGGGAGCCUCCAAGGCCACAAUCAGUCUCAAGGUAACUUCAGUCCGCAGCGCAGGUUUGUCCCCCCUGGGCAGAACACGGGACCAGGUUUCAGAAACCAGCAGCAGUACAACCGAAACACCUGGCGGCGUAGAAAGAGGGACAAUGUUCUUCCUCUCAACCAGAGCAGGUGAAAGACUGAAACUGCAGAACAGCUUGUACUGAUUGUUGAAGACCUCUCUGCCCAUCAUUGGUGAAUAUGAUGGUGAUUUUUUUUCUUUUUUUUUUUUUUUUCUUUUUUUUGGGGUUUGAGGCUCUAAAAUGCACCUACGUUGUGCUACAAUUGACAAGUCAAAUCAAGUUGUCUCCCAUUUCUUGGAGGAGAAGUGUAAAGGCCUGAAGUCUUAACUGUGCAUAUUUUGUUCCAUCAGUCUGAAGUCAGAAGCCCUUCCUCAGAAUGUGAUGCACACCAGCACAGACUUGACUUGACUGAGGGAGGAAUCACCGAUUCCCAGACUGGGUCUCCUCAGCAGUGCUACUUCCCGGUUGGUCGACAGUCAAGUAUUGAGAUUCCAUGCAACUUGAACAUCAUGUGCCAUAGUACUGAACUGGUUUAUCAAGCCUGGCGUCUCCUUGAAGUUUUGACUCGUAGUGGGCCUUAUCAGGUUUGGGCUCAUUUGCUCUUCUGAAUCCAACCUCCUGUUAGCUCAACUCUUGAUGCGGAGCUCAUACAGCUUGAACUAUCUACUAAUUGUAGUCUGGUGAAGCGAAGCACUACCUUUCUACCUAUGCAGCGCAACGCUGACAAUGUUUUGGUGUGACGGCACAACGGACCUUGUCUCAAGAACAUAAACUGUGAUGACUUGUUUGAAUGUAUCAGUGGUUCGCUUGGUUGGUCAUUAUCUUCAGUUCUGUUGUUUUUGUCACAGAGGGAUUAGUUCACAUUGGCACUACUAUGUUUUGUUCUGUACUGUAAACAUUGCCACCUUAUUUUAUGUUUGUUGCAUUUAUGUGCAAUAAGGACUUGAUUUUAUUUAAUUUAUUUCACAUUUUACUUUUGUUUUAGGGGUUCUCCCUACUUUAGGUUAGCUUUUUGUUUUUUUGUUUUUAAUUUCUAGACUAUAUUGAUCUGUGCAAUAGAUGGAUUUAAGGGCCUAGAAGGAGUGUGUGUCUGCGUGUGUGUGUAGAGCUUUCCAGCAGAAGGGGGAGCUAUGGUAUAACAUGAGAAAUGUGCCAAAAAUCCCAAGAUGCCAACAUUUUACUUAUGUUUGAAUUCUCAUCACUUGAAAUUUUGCAAACUGAUUGUCCAAAUACUUUUCCACCACUAGAUCUCAUUUGAAACAUAUCAUCCAGUUUAUAAUAGUUUCAUUUAGGUGUAUUUCCAACAGACCGUACGCUGUCUUGGGGGAAAUGCACCUUUAGCUGUGGAUACUUUUUGUCAUUUCAAAAAUAGUUGGUGCUACUUAUUACCAGCAAAGUGCUUCUUUUCUGCCUUAUAUCUCCUUUGAUUCUGUUGAAGCAACAGGUUAACUGCCUUCUUAAAUGACCAAAUCUUCCCUUUUUCCUGUAUGUAGCCAGAGCUUUCUGUAUUUGUUUCAAUAAGCACUGCCAGGGUUACUUGGCUUUUAUUUUUACAUACAGCUUCUGGGUGUCGGCUCCAAGAGCAGACUCCUAAUGCAGUCAGCAACCUUUCGCAUCAUGUCACAGCUUUUUUUUUUUUUUCCCUCCUUGUUUUGUGUCAUUCAAUGACAAUAAUUAUAAAUCCGUUGAGAGGUCCUUACAUUUCGCCGAGGUUUUCUUCUGCCAUAUUUAAGAUCAGUAUUUGUAUGACAAGGUUUCAAAGCUACAUAGUUUACACAGCAAUCCAUGAGAGGAUUUGAGCUCGGGACACCGUAGAUUCACCAUCACAGGAGUUUUGGUUGAGCCACAAGCCAAAACGAACCUUUGGUGAAGUCACAUGUUUCAGAUGUCUGUGAACUGUAACACCUUGUGUACCAAACCGAUGGACUCAGCAUCACGCCAUUAGCAUUGUCCCUUCAUUUUAAGUGCAGCUUCUUAUCAAGUUGUCUUGAGGAUAGUCAGUAGGUCGUUAUCCUAUUGCCAUGAACCAAAUCCCCAACUCAUAACGGUGUAAUUAAGGAUGGGUUGCAAUGUGUAAACGACUGACAUAGAUGUAAACCUUGUUUUUUUUUAUCUAAGUUUUCUAUUUUUUUAAUAAACAUUUUAAAACUCCCA